AUGUCUCGCGCAUCUCCGGACGCCACCAGCUUAAACAUGGCUGCUCCAGUGUCGAUUCUCAGAAGAAUGCAGAGCACCACGCAACAGCUCCUUCCUGAAGAUGGCCGCUGUGGACUAUUUCUGCAGCCGGCCUUUGCCAACGUCUGGUCUCCGAACCAUAUCUCCCAGCCUGCAAUUUUGGAUAUAUCCAGUAUGACCGACUGUCUCUAUCGCAAUAGAACAGUGGGCGAUGCUUUUGCUAUGGUGGCUGCGAGGCACGCCAUGACCUCCUCAGAAGUUGGUCCUGAAAACUAUGGAGCUCUACCAUCAUCGUACCGUCGGAUCCGGAAGUCGAAAUCGCUCGUGGCGUUUCCCCACGGCAAUCUGCGUCUGCGUCUCCAGCGCUCCCUUCCUUUCCUGCGACACCGGAGUACCACCACCUUCUACAAAGGCUCAGACGGCGAUUGGGAGAGACACGAAGAAGCGGUCCAGAUUGCUCGAGCACAGUUCCUCGAUGGCUCUGGUCAGACAGACCUGCAGGAGACAGAACAGCACAUGCCGCAGAAGGUGAAGAAGAGAAGAAGAACGCCGCACAAGUUCAGAAAGACUGUCCGGGCCAGCGCCUAUCUCGACGCUGUUCAGCUAGAUACCCCAGCCACGAGAUCGUUCUCGCUCACUUUUCGCGAUCGAGUCCGCAGGGUGCUUGGGAAGUCCCUGAGUAGGAAAGAAAGCCUGCCUCCGCAACAGUUGGAGGCUCAGCGCAACCACUUCGCCGAAUUUGACCAAGAGGCCACGCUGGUGAGUGGGUUUGACGCAUACCACAUCACCGACGACGGUCACACUCCAAGUCGAAGUAGAUGUUCCCAACCUAUCCGCGAAGAUGAUCUGGUGGAAGAUCGUGACAGGGUGCCGUACACCGUACAUUCAGCUGCAAGUCGUGAAAGCCUCCACUCCAACGCACGAUCUCGAGUCACCAGCUGGACCAACUCCAGCAUAACAAGCUCGAUUGGUUUGCGGUCUGGUCCUAUAGAGCGCAAUCGGCUAUCGAUCAUCAAAGAAGAUGGUGGUCCGCACCAGCCAUCAUCAUCUGCCGGGAAGCAUAUCGGUGGGGUCGCAGUGUCUCUUGAGCCAUCGCAGUCAGCCACGAACAAUGCCCGGACAUUCCCGGCGGUGGACAGUCAGGAAAUCUAUUCGGCAUUGGUCAAGCGAAUCAGUGAGGAAGAGGUUGAAGUAGAGAGGACGCGAAUUGCACUGGAAGCAAUCAAUCGGGACCGCGAGCCGAACAGCAGCAGUGAGGUCUCGGACGCGAGACCCACCAUCAGAGCUAUUCACAGUGAUUCUUCACUCAAUACAAUGACCGCGCAUAAUGCGAACCGGCGAUCUAGCAGCCAAUCUGGCUCAUGGCAACAAUCUGCUGACACGAGGACGGAUGAGCAAUACAAGGAGAAUGCUGACAAAACAUGGGAGCGGCUGGCGGAACAAGAGUCACAGUCGACUUUCUUCCCCUUCUCGAGCGAGAAGAGACCGAAUAUUACUCCAAGCCCCUUCAAGAAGUUCCUGGACGAGAGGCGUCACCGCAGCCACAGCAGGAGCCGACGGCGCGACCACGCGGAUGUGGACAGGGGCAGCAUUAUUGUCAAUCGCCAGUUGAGCAACCCUGUGAUGGAGCGCCCGCAAUUCGGUCUAAGCACUGCGAGCAUCUAUUCGCGAACGACGAACGGCGGAUCGAAUGAACAAUACCAACGGCCAUUCGACAGCUCGGAUGAGUUGCGUACAACUGGUCCCGUAGAGUCAGAAACGAACGGUAUGGCAACCAUUUUGUCGACAUCAUUUACCUUGUCUGCGAAUAGCCAACGGAAUCCCUGGCCAGAUGCUGUCUCGCGCCGUGAUAUUGAGCCAGAUAUCAAUUCCAGUUGGCAUGCGCGAGAAACAGCUCAGAUCAAUCCGGAGGAGGCAGUUGCUGACGACGAAGAGAUGGCCUCGCGGACACUGGCGAUGUCAGCAGAUUCCCGUACCGCACCGAGCCGAUUUCCCCUGCCCAGUGUCGGCGCUGCAUUAGGAUCCGCCACUCCGAAAGUGUAUAGGACUCACGCUGAUCUGCUCAAAAGGGCCAGCGCCGACGCCUUGAGCAGCAUCUCCAACAAAGCCGAGGAUGGGAGCAAAGGUAGCGGCAGCCUGCGAAAACUGAGCCCCGGAAACAUUGCAAAGCUUUUCAAAGAGAAGAGGAGCCAGAGAUCACUUGGACCUCAAGGUGCUGGCAAAGAAAACAGUCCGCCGGUUCAACCAGAUUCCCCACCCGUAAGUACCCCAGGAAGGAUGCACCUGCAGUUCCGAAAUGGUACUACGAAUGGGCGACUGCGCAAGAGGGCCAGUGAAACUGUGUUCUAUUCUGGAAAUGUUUAUGCUACCUCUCAUGGCUCUAUCUCGACCACGCCCAGCAGGUCGCACGAAAGCCCCAGCGAGAAUGUCAAACACCACCUGGUCGCCCGACUCAGCCGGCCCUUUGAUAUGGACGUUCCCCCACACAAUCGUCCAUUCGACAGCAUGUAUUUGGGUAAGAGAACGUCAGGUCAUCCAGAUAUAUUUGGGGGCAACAGAUUGAGCGUAGCCCCUCGAACCACAUUGGACGAACCCGGCCUGGACAUGCAGACAGAUCCGGGAGAUGGACAUGAAGGCACGACCGCACUACCGCCCCGAUCUUACUCCGUUGGAAAGAGUGCAGCCAAGGUGUUGGGACUCCUGGGCAGCAAGAGAAUGGUCAGCAACUUUCUGAGAAGCCGACGGGGAGAAAGAAGUACAAGUGCGGGUGAACAUAUUUUGGGCGAGGGAAGUCCAGCAUUCAUCUAA